GCUGCUCUCCGCACCGCUGAGCCCACCACCUCUGCGCCAAUCACAGCCUGCCUUCACCUACGCGCACAUGCACACACGCACGGGCUCAGACCCUGAGUACUGAGUGACACACACGGCGAUCCACCGCUCCCGGUUCUCCGCUGCCUGCACAUGCGUCCCCACCGACUCCGCGUAGCGCUGGCUGCGCCAAGAUGAGCGGUCUUCCCGGUACCAUCUGAACACCGCCUGCCUGACCCGGAGCCGCGGAGAGAGACAUCCAGACAGACAGACAGACAGACAGACAGACAGAGAAAGAGACCGUCUUUCCUCUCUCACAAUCCAUCUUCCGUUUGCUUGGAAGCACCGCAUAUCUUUCGGCAUCUUUUCCUUUUUUCUCACCCCUCCUCUUCUUCCUCCUCCUCCUCCAUUUGCUGCAUCCCCUCCGUUAUUGUCGGUUUGCAGGAGAAAUUGGAGAGCCAGCUUGUGGAAAUACAUUUUCUUUUUUUGUGCAUUUUCUUUUUUCCUGCCUAGUGUUGGUAGCGCGCUGUCGGUGCGCGCUUUGCAAAUUCCGUUGAAUGGUGGAUUUGGCAAACAUGGAGACCGUGGAGAAGGAAUGCGGGGCCCUCGGGGGUUUAUUCCAGGCGAUUGUCAACGACAUGAAGUGCUCCUAUCCUGUGUGGGAGGACUUCAGCGCCAAGGCCACCAAGCUGCAUUCCCAGCUCCGAACCACGGUUCUGGCUGCUGUAGCCUUCCUGGAUGCCUUUCAGAAGGUGGCAGACAUGGCUACCAACACCAGAGGGGCGACCAGAGACAUUGGUUCAGCUCUAACCAGGAUGUGCAUGAGGCAUCGCAGCAUUGAGGCCAAACUUCGCCAGUUCACCAAUGCUUUGAUGGAGAGUCUGAUCAAUCCUCUCCAGGAUAAGAUUGAGGAUUGGAAGAAGACAGCCACCCAGCUGGAUAAAGAUCACGCCAAAGAGUACAAGAGAUCACGCCACGAGAUCAAGAAGAAGUCAUCUGACACCAUGAAGCUGCAGAAGAAGGCCCGUAAAGAGAUCCAGGGGCGAGUGGACCUGCAGCCCCAGCUGGACAGUGCCAUGCAGGAUGUGACUGACAUGUGUCUGCUGAUGGAGGAGAUGGAGAAACAGGCAGUGCGCCGCGCCCUGGUGGAGGAGAGGGGGCGCUUCUGCACAUUCAUCGGCUUCCUGCAGCCUGUUGUGAAUGGAGAGAUUGCCAUGCUGGGAGAGAUCACACACCUCCAGGCCAUCAUUGAUGACCUCACUGUGCUGACAACUGAUCCUCACAAACUGCCGCCAGCUAGUGAACAGGUGAUAAAGGACCUUAAGGGGUCGGAUUACAGCUGGUCCUAUCAGACCCCCCCCUCAUCCCCCAGCAGCUCCUGCUCCCGCAAGAGCAGCAUGUGCAGCAGCGUCAACAGCGCCCACAGUAGUGCCUCCCGUUCAUCAGGGGGAGGCGGUGGUGGUGGUUUUGGUGGAGGCGGUGGAGGCUCCCAGCCCCACUCACCCACCUCAUCCUCCUCCUCCUCCUCCUAUCGCUACCGCAGCAACCUGCCGCAUCAACCCCCACCACCGGGGGGCAUAGCAGCACACCGCCUCAGCAGCGUCUCCUCCCACGACUCGGGAUUCGUGUCCCAGGAUGCAAACAUCUACUCCAAGCCCCCCUCACCCAUGCCCUCGGACAUCACUAGCCAGAAGUCGUCCAGCUCAGCAUCGUCAGAGGCCUCAGAAACGUGCCAAUCAGUCAGUGAAUGCAGCUCCCCCACCACUGAUUGGUCCAAAGCAGGUCAGUACGAGCAUGCAGGGGCGGCAGCGGUAGUUCAGAGAAGAAAGGAACCACUUGAUAGACUGAGGGAGAACGAGAUGUCGCCGGUCUCCCAGGGAUACGCCACACCUACACAGCCCGAGGACGCGCAGAGACACAGGAUGACACCGGCCAGCAUGGCUGCCAAGCAUGGAGAUGAGGUUUCUCCAGCAGCCAGUGACCUGGCCAUGGUUCUGACCAGAGGACUGAGUAUGGAGCAGCAAAAGAGCAACAGGGACUCUCUGCAGUACUCCAGUGGCUACAGCACAGAGACUACAACCCCAUCCUGCUCUGAGGACACAAUCCCCUCCCAAGGUUCUGAUUAUGACUGCUACUCAGUGAAUGGUGAUGCUGAAGGUGCAGAUGGCCAGACAGAGUUUGACAAGUCCUCCACAAUUCCUCGCCACACUAACAUCGCUCAGAACUACCGGCGCAUGAUCCAGACCAAGAGACCAGCGAGCACAGCCGGACUACCCAGUGGGGUUCUAGGUCCUGGGGGUCAUCUUAUAUCCGGGGGAGGUGGUUCAGGUACUCCAGGCACUGCCACCAUCCGCCGAACCCCGUCUACGAAACCGGGCGUGAGGCGUACACUGUCCAGCGCGGGGCCUAUUCCAAUCCGACCACCCAUUGUGCCUGUCAAGACACCUACUGUUCCAGGAGACUCACAUUCACCUGGGGCAAGUGGUGGGUACGCAGGUGGAGCCCACUCAGGUGGGGUGCCUGUACGUGUGGGUAGUGAAGAGUGUGUCUUCUUUACUGGAGUUGAGGAUGCACAGGGAGCGCUUGAUUAUGUGAAGGCAUCACCGAAGCGCCUCAGCCUGCCUAAUACCGCCUGGGGAUCAGGGGCGGCAUUAGAGAUCUACAGCCAGCAGCAUGGAGGCCUUGCCAUGGGAACAGGCUCAGGGGCCGGGUUAGAGGAGGAUCAGAUGAUCGCGGCCAAUCGGCACAGCCUAGUGGAAAAGAUCGGCGAGUUAGUUGCCAGUGCACACGCCCUUGGAGAAGGGCAGUUUCCUUUCCCCGCCCUCCCUGAUGACCCGGCCCUGCAGCCAACUGGCCCCACCGAUAAUGAGAUAGAGAUGGCAGAAGGGUCCGGCGACAUGUUGACCACCAUCAGGAGAGGGGUCCGUCUCCGCAAGACCGUAUCCAAUGACCGCUCAGCACCACGUAUCUUGUGAUUCGAGGAGAAGCAGGAAUAAGAUGAUACUUGUCAGCCAAUAGGGAGUCAGGUGUUGGUGUGGUGCAACCCAACAGCCUAGUACAUACACAAACACUUAACUAUGUAGGGAAAGCUAUAAUAUAACAGAUGAUGAAUAAAAACAUACACAAAAAAAGUUUAAUGACACCAUUAGAGUAAAUGAUAUAUAAUAUAAUGAUAAUAAUAAUAACAUUAAUGAUGUUAACUCAUGGUGACAAAUAAAAGUGAAAUAAUGAAUAUUGACAGGCUCCUAGCAGGCCACUAUAACUAGUGUAUGUCGGACGCAUGUUUGUCUUCUUUACACCUUCACCCAGGGACGAAAAACAGAUACGUGAAAAAAGGGCAAAGAAAGAGAGAAAGACUGGGUUCUGUUUGUCAAUUACACCUUUCCCCAUCCUCUUCUCCAACUAACCCGACUGUCUACUCCUAGAUGAAAGACUAAUGACUGAUGGAGGUCCCUGUGGGGGGUGAGAGUGCCAUGUGACCAGCUGGAUUAGAACCCAGGCUAUCUCAGCAGCGACAUACUGUACUUAUGAGCCCACUGAACUUUAGCUUUGGUAUUAGCACGGGGAGCUAACAGGCCAGAGGUCCCCUCUGGUUCAUCCUAAUGUAAAAGAGUGUUUAAAAAAUACUGUUGGCAUUGAACCGUGCUAGUUCCCCCUUCCCCUCUCUUGUGUGUGUGGUGCAUUCAUGUGUAUGCAUGUGGGCAAAGGCGAGUGUGUGUGCACGUGAUUGAUUGUUUGUGUGUGCGCGAGGGGGGUGGGUAGAGCUCUGCUGCAGGACAGCUGGUUACCCAAUGAGGGCAGGGCUUUUCUCCUGUGUGUUGUAUCUGUAUUUUCUUGUUUAUAUCGUGAUGUCAUUUACCUUGUUACUACUGUACGAGAAGUAAUCCAGGCGUAUAGAUAUUCAUAUAUAUUUUCUAGAACCAGAGAGAAAAUGUUAAAUCAGAAAUGGAGCAAUAAAUGUGUUUUAUUUUCUUGUUUCUAAGAAGAGGAUAAAUGGAGGACUGUGGGUUCUCCUUUAUCACAUUCAGGCAAUCAUCAGGAAUGCUAAAUUACAUGUUGACUGUGAAUUCAUGCCUCACCACUUUGGUGUGUCUCUCUCUCUGUCGCUUUUUCUUUCUGGUGGAGGAAAUGGAUUUCAAAAAUGUUGAAAAACGCUCAAACUGUAAAGCACUUUGAGAGUAUGUACAAUAGCUGCUAGAUGUUGCUGUAGUCAUACCUUAUGCAAGGGAGAGAGAAAGUGAAAGAGAUGGUUGCCAAUAAUAGGGAGGGAUAUUAUUUAAUGUGUUAUAGAAGACAGGGAGGGACAAAGAGGAAGUGAUAAAGACCGGUGGAAUUGAAGUAAUUGGUGGAAGAAGGGCAGGGAUGAGAAAGUUGGGCACAAAUAUUUAUCUAAAAUGUUGAUUGAACGUCAGAGCUCUUCAGGGUUCUACAAGCCAUUGUGCUUCUGUGGAUGGUGAAUUAAGUGGUUGCACUCAACAUAUAUUGCAAAAUAUACACAGCACAGAUAGUUGAGAGUACUUUGGGAUAUAGGCUUUAGAAGGUCACUCGACCCGAAUGACAAAAACAGUCAGCCCAUAACAUUGAUUAUGGACAUUUCUAAUUUCUCAUGUCCAAAGUAAGGUCAAUUACAAAAUAGCAUUCACUCAAGUUCAUGUGCAAAUAGAUAUCAGUACAUUGGCUUAUCCGCAAAUGUAUUCUUACCUGUAAAUACUGUAUAUCUUUGCAUUAUGAAAAAGCUGAGCAGCAGCCUUUUGCCCAAGAUUGGCUCCUCAAGUUUUAUUUAUAAGGACACCAUACAACAAAGGUAAUAUAUCGUUAUUAUAUUUGCAAUAAUGCUACCAUAGGAGACAAAAAAUGACUUUGAGGGAGAGCACGCACAGUUAGUUGCACAGUGUUGGGCAGUGGUUAGCUGAAAGCUAGCAGCUCUGGCUUUGGCCAGGCCUUUAGUUGAAGAUAGGAUUUAUCUUUAGGUAAACAGAAUUUAAAACUCAGUGCUUUUGAUGAUCGGUGGUAAUGUGUAGUUGAACAAAAAUAAAACUUGCCCAACACUGUUUGUGUAUGUAAUGCUAAGCUAAACGUUAACAUUUAGAUUAGCAUGUUUUCAGUCACAAACAGUACAUACAGUUCCACUAAUCAUGUCCUUUAACUGAACCUGUGUCUCAAUUUUGAUACUUCCAUUAGUGCCAUGUAAUUGUGUAGUGCUUGAAUUUCAACAGUGUUGCUUCAAAGCUAACAGCUGUUGUGCUGAAGUAACCUAAAUUGACUCACAUUUGAACAUCCCUUUUUAUUUAUUUUUAUUUUAAUCGUAUAUUGCAACAGGAAAUAUAUCUAGCCACCAUAUUGGCAAAUCUGGUGGUAACUGCCCUUUGACUAGAUAGCCAAAAUAGCUACCAGACUCCUGGUACUUGGAUGGGUUAAAUGCAGAGAACACAUUUCACUGUGUGUGCUCUGCGUGUGUGACCAAGAGGGUUUUAUCCCUCCAAUUCUAUUCUAUUAUUGAGGGUAAGAAUUAUCCAGUGUUCCACACGUCACUUUCUGACUGUUAUAAGUACAACAACCAGGCAUUCAUAGUGCACUUCUGCCAUACGUUCAAAAUAUGGAAGACCACAAAUUGAGACACAGCACAAGUGUUUCAAUCCCAGUUUAGCUUAGCUUAGUGCUAAUAACCCAGUUCAGCUCAGGACACGACUGCAUGAAAGGAUUAUUUAUGGACAAUGUGGUGAAGAAAAAGGUGAAGCCUGUUUGAUACGCUCUCUGCUGACAAAUAAGCAGGAGUGUUAAAUUAGACUUUAAAAACUGGCGGAGAGAGGACGAGAGCAAUGAGCAUUUCACUGCCUGUUCAUACAAUGUGUUGUACUUGUAAAGGAGAAUCAGGCGCGCAUAUUUGGCAUUAAUGGUUUUUAAACACAAAUGUACAUUGAAUUUUCAGUUUCAGUAUUAUUAUUUUUUCAUUCCGCAGUAUUGUUUGAAUAUUUUAUCUUAAUUUUAUUUUAUGUAAAAGAAUAAGAAAUCCCUCCACAUGUAACACAAACUAUUAAGCUGUGUCAUAUGUGGAUGUAGGAUGGGUGGGCCGAGUGUGAGUGUGUCCUUGUUUGGUCGAACUCUUUACAUCUGUACGCUCUUCUAACAGAAGGGAUCAGCACUCUUACAGUAAAUGCCCUAUUUUAAACUUAUUUCUGUACUGUUUUAAAUAUAGUUGUGGCCCUUAAAAAUAAUAUAAUGAUGAUUCAAUUUAAAGAGUGAGUGAAAUUUGUAAACACAAUGUGUGUGUGUGUUGUCACAUGUGGAUGCUGUGUGUUGUAUCAGCUGGGUGAGAGGGUAGAAGGGGAGAGGACCUUCCUCAAGAAAAAGAGAAUUGUUCAUCUGUAAGACCACCAAUGGAAGUCAAAGUGUACAUGAAUAUAGGUAUGGAUGCUGAAUGUACUGCAAUGUGUAGGGGGGACAUUUAACUGUUUGUGUUUGACUUGCUUGAACGAUUGCAAUGUCAUGACUUUGUUCUUGUACAACUGAAUGAAGUUUAAACAGUAGGAAAGCAAUACAGAGGUAGUGUGCAUGUGCGUACAUUCAAGUGUGGGUAUGUUAAAGGAAAAUAGCUCCGUUUUGUUUUGGUUCACCAUCUUAAAGCUAUAUCACAUUGCCAUCUCUGAAUGGGAUGAUAUAGAGUUACCCUUCAUUAUAUUUCCAAGGACACUGUUAGAGCCAAUUCUAAGAGUCUGAAUGCGUAUGUGCUGUAUGUUUAUUAAUUCUAGUGCACAUUGAAUUCACUGCCAGUUAUCUAUAUUAGUUAUUGCUUCAUUAAAGCGUUUAUAAUUCCCUGCAAACCAGACAUGCUGCUUAAUUCCAAAUGAUGGAUUACAACUCAGGAUAAGAGCAGGAUUUCACAUUAAGUCGGAUGAGAAAAAGUCAGAUCAUAUUGAACACACUGGCCUUUGAUGAGUGUGAGAUGAGUGUACAACACUGCUAUUUUCCUUUAAAAUGCCAAAUUAACAGCACAAAAAGUUAUCUAAACUAAAACAAUAAUGUCUUUUUUUAACAUGCUGAAUUAACUGUGUACUGAACUAACUGUCUGAUCAAGCUGAAACUAAUACUCUGCUACACAUAUAUCAUUAUGCCCAUUUUUACGAUUAUGUGUUUGUGUGUAGAAAUAGGUCUACUGGCUACAAUGAAACAGACAUACAUAAAAACAUAUCGGCAGAUGUACAUGCGUGCAGGCAUGCGUUCGUACAACACGAACAAACACAUCAUAGGAUAUACACAAACUAGGCCUGUGUAUACACAAGUUACACAGGCCUAACUGCUAUACAUCAUGUUCAAAAGGAACUAGCACUGUAAAAAUACAUUUAUUUACAUUUCAUAAUUUUUAAAUCAGUUGAAAAUAUCCCAUCUCGACAUUCAGUGAUAUUGCAGCAUUGUAAGUUCUUAUCUUGACAACAUCUAGAUAAGUACACACAUGAAACAUGAUAGUUACAUGCCAUGUGCACACUUGAAUAAAAUGACUUCAGAAAAUACUGUGUUUCUGUACAGACUGUAGUGCUGUUGAGUUAUUAUGCAAGUACCUACGACUACAACUGUCAAACUGAUAAAGGAAUAGUUUGAGCUACCUACAACGGCAUGGUUAGCUUAGCCUACGAUCAAUAAGUAAGCACAGUUAGCCUGGCUAGCCCAAUGAUUAAUAAUAAUACAUCAACCAGGAUCUAAAGUGAACUAAUUAACAUGCUAUGUUUUGUUUGUUAAAUCCACACGAAAAUAUUUUUUAUAUUCAACUCAUUUUUUGGCCAAGUGCCAAAAAAUACCCAGUUGAAAACCAGUUACUCCAAAGGAAUACUUCUAAAACAAAAUGACAAUUUGUAUAUCAAUGAAUCACCCAAUGCUACUAUUGAGUUUUGAGAAAAAUGCCUGCCUUUACGUUCUUAAACUAAAAGGCUUGGAUAAUACUGCAAGAGUUUUUAUAGUGAUAUAUUUUUGCUUUUGUUAAAAGCUGCCCCCAUUUACUUAAAUUCGUUUUUUGAUUUUCCUUUUACAUGGUGACAUGUGAGAAGUUUUCUUUAAGAACUCAAGUUAAAACAUGGUUUGUAAUUUGUAUACAAGUUGUCAUUUUUGGUGUUUAUUACUCUUCAUGAUUAGUAUAUUGCCAUUGUAGGAACACAGUAGCGUUAAAAACUCAGCAGCACCAUUGUCUGAAAGCCUGGCGGUGUACAGAAUCUACUAAUUACUAUCAAAUUAGUUUGAACACUCACGUUAUGUACGGAGACCGUUUUCCCACCCAUGUAUCCCUCUUUCUCUUUUCCUCUCUCUUAUCUUCCUCUUGUCUUACCUCCAUCCACUGGCACAGUAAUCCCAGGGACGCCGUCUGACUGAUAGGUUAGAAAACGACAUUUGUUGAGUCCCAGCGGCUGUACUCUUUGUCCCUCGCAGCCCAUCAAAGCUAAUGAAACAUCAUUCUGAUGAAGUCUUUACUCACACCACAGCCAACAUGGGCUCAGUUUCUCUCUCUGUUAUAUCCCAUUCACUCUGGUCCUUCCUCUUUCUCCAUGUCUGUGUGUUUGUAGGUUGGUAAGUAUGUGUGCUACAGUUCAAAUGUGGAUGUAGGUGGCUAACUGGUGGUUUCUGCGUGUGUUGUGUUAAGAGCCAGAAGCAUUAGCUAGGGUAAACUACCCCGCUGUACAGGACUAGCUUCAAGGAACUCAGCUGACACUCAAUCAUAGCACUAGAUUACAUUUUAAUUAAUUUAGCCUUUUAAGGACCAUAUCACAGUUAGCUUAUAUUACUUUGAUGGUUUCUUGGUGAGCUUCUGUCUCUAAAACCUACAAGACGCAAGGGGGAGCAGUAUAAUAACAUGCAGUAGGAAUGUUUACCCACAUCGCCAAAAUAAAUCUUAUGGUGUUUGCAGCACAAGUAUAUCAGUAUUUGUGUUAAAUAGGGCUGAAAAUCAAAAGGCAACUUUGCUUUUUGAAAAACUGCCAAAAUGGACACAAGUGACAAUUACAGCAUAAUGUUAAAAUGUCACGGAACAGUAGCACAUGAAAGGGAGGAUUCUAAAGUCUUAAUUCAAAACCAAACAUCACCAAAUCACUCAAAGUAAAUGUUAAAAAAUAAGAGGGUUUUUAAAAAGCAUUGGUUUUUCAACUUGUUGUCCAUCCACAAUUUAGUUACCCUGGUUACUUACUAGGAAAUUGGCAGAUUUCCAUUGUGGACAUUUGCUUGCAGCACAUGCAAAUCUAUGUGGACAUUUAGCUGAGAACAGACUUAUUUUGCGGUGUGAAAUGCAACUUUGAUUUCCUUCAAGAAAACACAGGAAACAUACUGUCUGUCAAACAUUCUUAAAAACAAAAAAACAUAUUUUAAGGCUCCUUAUGGCUAAUUCUUUCUCUUUCUUUCAGUCUUUAUUUCGAACAGAUUAAAAAAUAACAAAUGUGAAAAACAGAAUACCGUAUUGUUAUAAUACAGUAUUUAUCCACAUUCAUGGUAAUAUUUGUAUAUUCAACAAAAAAAAGUCUUCAUAUUAAUAAUAAUAAUAAAUCAUAUGUGUCUGAAAGGGAGUAGGAGGAAGCAAAUGCUUAUUAAUUCCCACCCCUUACUUGAUCAAUGAUUGUCCUGGAAAUCAUUAUGCAAGUUAUUCCUACAUACAUUUACAUUUAUACAUACAUAUACAAUAAUAAUAAGAAUGACCUUGUGGUGACCAUUAAAAGCACAGAUUGAGCUGCAUUUAUAAUGAGAAGUAUUGCACAUAGGCAAAUCCCUAGUGUAUGGAACUGAGCUAGGGUUAGGGUUAGGCAAAAGACAAAAUAUAUAAAAUGUUCUUACUCUAAGUAGGUAUUUAAAUACUAAUAUCAGUCUUAAUUUAAAUUAUACCUUACCAAAGACAUUUAAAAGUCUUUAGAAGGUACCAACAUAUGGGGUAUUUAAAAGGUCCUUAGGCUCAAAUGCUGCAUUACAACACGCUCCCAAAGCCAUCUGCCCAGGUUAUACUGAAUAUGUAUGUGAGUGUGCAUGAAUGUGUGUUGCACUAGGACACUUGGUUAAGACCCCUACUGUUCCCUCCCACCUCCCACGCACAAUCUGCCAAUCGUCUUUGCUGUCUAUAACUGAAGAAACCCAACACACACACACACACACCAACAAGCACACACACAGUUGUCUGAAGCAAACGUGACUAAGGUAGAUUCUUGGAAGCUCCAUUAUGGUCUUCUGAGGGAUCAUGAUGAAACACGUUGUAACUUCCUGUCAUAUAGCCAUGCAGAACAGAGGGGCCACAGUGGCCCCCGGUGCCACAGUGACUGAACUGAAUGUCUCUGUCAGUUCUCAGUAGUGUCUCUCGCUUGCUCUCUCUCUCUCUGUCCCUUCUUCCUCUAUAGCCUCCAAAUGAAAUCUCUCCACAACUCACCAUUAAGACAUUGAUAUCACUUUCUAUGAGGCUAUUUUGUUCCAAGGAUACCAAUUUGGCCCAGUCAACAUCUGCUUUAUGUUUCUGUACAAACCAAUCUUUUGCUCCUCUCUUCACCCCCCCUCGUAGACCUGCAGGCACCGUGGUCUUUGUCUUUCUCUCUUCUUUCUGUCCCCUCUUCUUCUUUAAUUUAUUGUGAAUUGAUUUCCAAGGUCGUUUCGCCUCUGUCGCUGAUGAUAAGGUUUUCUUUUUCUGUCUUCCACUGUAAAAUUGACCUUUUUUUGUUAACUUUAGUCACUGCUAAUGUAACAAAACGCACUGUGAUGAUUCCAGUAUUAAUAAAAGUUGUACUUAAACUGUG